AUGUUUAGCAGUGAAGAAAGCACACUUGAGUUAUCACCUCAAUUCAUAACAGAUGUCAUUAUUUUAAAGAUCACUCCAUUCACAAGUGUUGAACACAUCAAACAUAUAUUCAGUACACCUAAUUUAAGAUGCUGUAUUUUGGAAUGCUAUCAUUUUGGUGAAAUGCCCCAUAACUAAGAUUUAUAUAAUGCCUUAUUGCAAGCUCAAUCUUCAAAGGGAAUCAUCUUAAUUUAAAUAUCCCAAUGUAUCAAAGGAUAACCAAUCAAGAAUUUUAAAAAGAUAAUGAAUGGCAUCAUCGUCUAAUAUGAUAUCACUCCUGAGAGUGCCUUGGCAAAGAUUGGAUAUCUCCUUGGAAAGGGAUUUACGAAUUAGGAAAUUAUUGAGAAAUUUCCAUAAAAUUUAUAGGGGGAAACAGAAUCAGUUAGACAAUUUGAAAAAUUUGAGGGUCAGAAAUAACAUUUCAUUUAAACUAUCUUAGAAACUCUGUAAAAGACUUCAGGAGAUGAAUAGAUUAGUCAGAACAUGGAUAUUAUGAAUAAAUAUAUCAUACCAAAUUUAGGUUGCUUUUUGGCUACCACAGGAUAAUUGGAUUUAAUUAAAGAUCUUAGAAAAAACGAAGGAAAUCUUAACAUUCCAGAUUUUGAUGGCAGAACUAUUCUUCAUUUAGCUGCUGCUUCAAAAUAAAUAGAAAUUAUUAAGUAUUUAAUUGAAGAAGUCCAUGUUAAUAUAAAUCCUGUUGAUUACCUUGGGUAUUCCCCUAUGUAUGACAUCCUCAUAUCAAGGGAUAAAGAAUUGAUUCUCUUCUUUUAACAAAAUGGAGGAGUAAUCGAAGCACCUCAUUAGGUAAUGGUGGAUCUUAUACUGACUGCUGGACUGAAAGGAGAUUUAUAAAUUCUAGAACUCAUAUUUCAUGGAGGUAUUAAGAAUCUUAAUGAAUUCGUGAAUGUGGAUAGCAGAAACAUAGGCCACAUGGCUGUUAUGGCAACCAACUCAAAAAUUAUCCGAUUUUUGAGAUUUACUGCCAAGUUCAACUUUAGCGAAAGAGAUCGAUGGGGUAACACACCUUACGAGAACGCUAUUGAAAUUAAGAGUAAAAAAAUUAAAGUUCAAAAUCUCAAUGAUGUAGCAAUUGAAGAAAUCAUCGAAAUGUUACAAACAAUUGGGAAUGAUUGA